GCUUCAAAAGGUAAAGUGGGAGAAAAAAGGUAUUUCAACCGCAGGGAAAGUUUUGUAGAGCCGAGAAUAGAAAACUAAUUAGAGUCUGUCUUCUUAACCUAACAUUCAGUCAUUCAAGACUCUUCUCCGCGACAACGAUGAUGAUAUCCCUGUAUGAUGGGAAAGAAGAUGCUUAUUGGUGGGUUCUUUGCACCGAAAAAAUAUUCAAGGAGCAAGGGACACCAGAGGCUAUGAAAUUGUGGAAAGCUGUUACGGCAUUGAGAGGUCCUGCUCUACAAUGGUGGCUCUGGCGGUCUCUUCGUCAGCCGCCGACAACUUGGAAUGACUUCACCACGGUUUUUAUUUGGCGUUUUAAACCUGAAUGGAGAGAUAUUUUGCCGGUAGAUGACGACGAGGAGGAGGAGCCAAAAUUGGACUUGUCUAUGUUGUCUGUGUCCAAUGGUAGUAACAACAACAAUAGCUCCGUUUCUGUGCUUAUUUCCGACCCGCAAGUGUUCGAUUGCUACAAUUGUUCUCAAACCUUAACUGUUCCACUCUUUCAGUGUGAUAAUAGUCAUAUUGUUUGCUCUACCUGCUGUCCUAAACUUAUGAACAAGUGUGGCAAGUGCUCAUUGGGCAUUAGCUCAAAACGUUGUAAAGCCAUUGAGAAUAUAUUGCAAUCAAUGGGAAUGCCAUGUCCCAAUGAAAUACAUGGUUGCAAGGAGAGUAUAAGUUACCUUGGAAAUAGGAAGCAUGAGGAAUGCAUCCAUGAGCCAUGUUGCUGCCCCCUUUUAGGUUGUAACUUUGUUGCAUCUUCGGAAGUGUUGUCCACCCAUUUCAGCCAUAAACACGAUGGUUCUCAAAUAGAAUUUUCUUAUGGUCACUCCUUCAUUGUCUCUUUAAAGUCUAAUGAUGAAACCAUUGUUCUUCAAGAGGAAAAUGAUGGCAAACUAUUUAUUCUCAAUAAUAGUACUAUGCUUUUGGGAAAUGCAGUCAAUAUUUGCCAUAUUGGUCCUAAUUCUUCUGAAUCCGAGUAUAGUUAUGAUAUAUUGGCGAGGUCUCAGACAUGCAAACUGAAAUUACAUUCUUCUGCAAAGAAUGUUCAACGUGUUACUUUAGCAACUCUUUCAUCGGAGUUCCUUGUCAUUCCAUCUGGUUCUUGUGAACCUCUCAAGCUAGAAAUUUGCAUAACCCCCUUGAUGCAAAUCUAUGUAAAGACCCUGACUGGAACAAUAAUCUCCAUGAGGGUUAAGACUUCAGACACGAUAGUCGAUGUGAAGAAGAAGAUUCUUGACAAGGGGGGCUAUGAAGUGCACGAUCAACGUCUGAUCUUUGCCGGUAAGCAACUAGAAGACACACGGACCGUUGCCAAUUACAACAUUCAAGACAAGUCAACCAUCGACCUUGUAAUCCGCCUCACUGGGGACUAGAUGACCAUUGCACCAUUUUGCCAAAUACUACAUCGAAGAGUAAGAAACUGUCCACCUCAUCGUCUGCCGCCGUUGGGGACCCUUAUUAUGAAGACAAUUACCCUAUAAAUAGAGAAAUUGUACAUUAUUGAUAACAGUCUUUGACUUUUGUGUUUUUUUUUAAUAAGGAUUUGACUUUUGUUUUUAAGAAUGCAUUCUCCUUAGUCUCCUA